UCAGUGGCCUCAUUGUUUGUACUGAAAAAAUGAAUUCACUUAAAAAAUACAAAUAAAGUUACAUUUAUUUGAUUAGUCCACACAACAAGAACAUCAUUCAACAUUAAUUUAUGUAACAUUUAAUUUCCUUUCCAUAAAAUUUUAACAAAAUGACCCUGUGACGGGGUGGUAUGGACAAAGUGUUUCUCUAUAUGAUCUGCUGGUUUUAAACUUUAUAAAACUUUAGAAAAAUUAAAAUUGGAGAUGUAAUGGAAAACUUUGGUCAUGCUCUGAAAAACUGAAAAGAGCAUCAUAACAGUGACUGGGAGAGUCGCAUCCACACGUCCCUCUGGAUUUCCAUGUGGCAGGAUGUCACAGGCUGUGGUGCUUGAAUGAUUUCGAGCACAUCAUCAAAGAGAUACCACAGGAAGUCAUCUCUUGGAGGCCAGAAGAAACUGUUGGCAUCAACACGGUGCAUACAUUUUACAAGGGCAUGCGUUUCAUCUGGAUCCCAGAAUAAAGGUCAUUGUCGUAUUUAAGCACGCACCACUUCCCAAUGAGAUCUUCACUUUCCCAAGCAAUUGCUUCUGUUGGCACCUUUUGGGCUGUCUUGUUAAAAAUGAAAUGCUGUGUGGUGAAGCACUGACAUCUCAGCUGCUUUGGCGUGGAGCACAUGCAACUAACUUCCCGGUAAAGGAUUUCUCCUGGAGUGAAUGUGACCACUUGGUGGGUUUUCAUUGUGGAUGGCACUGGUGGAAUCUGGCCUGGCAUCUUUUCCAUUGUCUGCUCCACUGCUUCAGAUGCUACAUAAAACAACUUAACAGUUGUAGAUGUUUCUGUGAGGGCCUUAUAUAGCUCAUGGGCAUCGGGUAUGUCGUGGUCGUUGGUCACCAGCUUGUCCGCUGUUCUUUUCAAGGUUCCCCCAACACCGUCAGGGUCCCUCUUGCCAUGGCUUGCCUCAAAAAAGUUCUAUGUUCCACCUUUCAGACCUCGUCUUGCGAGCUCUGUGCUGAAAAGGAAGAAAUUCCCUUUCUGUUUGUAUUGGGUACAUGGUCCAUCACUCAGAAAGUGUAGAACAGAUACAUGUGGGUAUGUGGCUUGUAGAUAAUUUAGCACCGGAUUCAUGUGCUCCCAUAUAGCUGGGGGGCUUUUGUGUUUGGAGGGUGACACUGUGCUAAAACAGAUGGGCUCUUUUCACCACCUAUGUACAAAACACCAGUGUGCAGAGUUGCUUGUUGGUGCGAGGAGCCAAAGUGGACAGCUUGAAUCUCUGAGCUGUAUUUGCAUGUGUAAUUUUCAGAAGUCAAUGUGGAUCACUGCCUCCAUUUUUGACAGGUUCUUUUUCAACUCUCUGCAGUAGGAGUACCGUUGAUUUAUGUUGAAUGUGUGUCUUUUGAAUUUAUGAAGAAGAGUGUGGAAUAACUCCACAAGAUUGUCUUGUGUGUCCUCCAUUGUUUUCUUCACUGUGAUCUUAACAGUGGUAGGACCCUCCCUCGCAUCUUCCCUUGCUUUCUCUGCUGUGGCCCACUGAGUGAAUGCAACCUUUGCUGAGCCAUCAAAUCUGGAGAGCUGAACAGUCUUGUCUUUGCAUUCCUCGCACUCAUCAUACUUGCACAUUUUCCUGGAGGUGUCACAGGUUAUCAUUUCAGUCAAACUCUCGAGAUCUGAAGUAUCUGUGAGCCUCAAAUUAUGCAGCUUCUCAACGACAAAUCUGAGAUUUUCAUGGAUCUUGCACAUGUGUUCCGUUCAGAGAGAGUGGGAUGUACAACCCAAAAUGGGUGAAGCUUACAGAAAAGGGAGUAUGAUAUGUUGUUUGUGUUUUUAGUGAGAAAUAUUUUGUGAAGAUUUUUCAUUGUGUCAACCAGAAACCUUUUCUGCUUCUUCACCUUGUUUCUGGUAAUUGUUUGUUUUCGUCCAGUCUUUAACCGACUGUUGUCAUCUUGGGUGAAGAAGGUUUUGACUUUGGACUUGAAAGCAGCAAUGAACCUGUUUGUGGGAUUUCUGUUGGUGGAACAACAAGCAUUUUUGGCAAAUCCUCAUAGCCUGUCCUUCUUCACAAUCCUCCCCGCUGUUAUCUUUGCUAUUAGUUGUUCUUUUUCUUUUCUUGCUUUACAGUACUUAUUCUUUAUGUCUUCAAUCAAGGCUUCAUGAUAGAGUAGUGUUUUUCUGAUUUUGGAGCUUACUCUGCCUGUCUUAGUUAAUUAAUUUAAUUUUGAACGAAGAGAGUCAUUCUUAUUUAAGCGCUUAUAUCUUUUUCUGUAUUUGUCAGUGUGUUUUCUUUCCUUCUCUAGCGAUUCUUUAGUUUUUCAAUUGUCCAUUUAUUUAUAAUCCUAACUACGCUCUACCCUGACCUUGAAGAUCCUAACUGCUGCUUUGACUGUUGGACAGGAUCUGGACUCAGAGGAAAGGUGUCUAGACUGCGCUUCCUAGCCUCUGCUUUCUCUUUUCUCUUCUUGUUCUGCUUCCUUCACUUUUUACGCUGCUGACGUUUCCCUCGCUCACUUAGAUCACUAAUCUUCUUCUGUUUUCCUCGCACUACAUCCCGUCUCCAUCUCUGACGCUCACUCUCUAGAUAUUUUUGCCUACUCUCAGGAUCAGCAUCCCGACGUGCACGGCAUCGCCAUUGUCUCUCAGCAGCGCUUAAUGGAGCCAUGAUGGAGACAGAUCUAUCUGCAAAUGUUAUAAAAUGUAACAUUCUUCAUUAAACACCGAGAGUGAGUGAGUGAGUGAGUGAGUGAACCAAACAGGGUUAAGUUAACGGAAAAUAAACUGAUUAGCCUAUAUUAGAAUCCUUGAUUUCACACAUCCUCACAAACGGGAAGCAGAACCACCCCAUCACAUCCCUUACCACCACGUCACAAUAAAACGUGACGGGGUGGUAAAUUUCAUGCCAAAAUGGCCGCAGAUCUCACAUGUGGUCAAGUUCCUCACCUAGCUUAAAUGCUUUCAAUCUAAAAUAUUAUUUUCUUUGCAUUAAUAAUGUUAAUUUUUUAAAUAAAAAACAGUUUUCCAUAUCUAUUUUGCAUGACGGGGUGGUUGGUUUGAGCUUGACGGACCCUGCCUAACAUGAAAAAGCAACAAAUAAACAAUGUAAAAGAAUGUCAGUACUUGCCUACUUUUGUUCUUGGUGGCUACAAGGCUCAAAUGAUGUCACUUCCGCUUUGUGAUGUCAUUUAAAGCAACAGUACAUUAUUUAUAGAUAAAACAAGUUAGUGUGAAGGGGUGGGAAGUCAAACUGAGGGACGCACACAAAUCAUAACAUAUUUACAAAAAUAUAAGGUUUAUUUUGAAUAAAUAUAUCUUAUGUAAACAGGGACACAUAUAAUCCUGAAAAUAAUAAAUGUUUGAAAAAAAUAUAUAACUUAUUUGGUGAUAUUUUAAAUGCAAAUGUCAUGUUGGUCAACAUGGACAUGUGAAAUUGGCUAUGUACUAAUGAAAAAUGAUUAAAAAUAGUAUGUUACUCUUUAAGAAUAGUAUUUUUAUCAUAUAUCAUGUUAACAAGAACACUUGAAUUAAUAACUUUAAGCUUUGGAAACACACUUUGGGACAUUUUUUGUGCCUUAUGCAUCUCAUCAAAUGUUGCGGACACAAAUGGCACUCGUUUCAUAGAAUGAAUAUAUUUUACAUUAUAUUUAUUGAUAUGAUAUGUUAGCACCCCAAUGCAUAUUCUUAUUAACAACUAUUAUGUAAUUUAUGCUAACAAGAAUAUUGAUUUAUGACAUAAAAAAUUAGCCAAUGGAAGAUCAGAAAGGCAAUAAACGUUUGUUGUAACCAAUGAAAUUUGAGGUGUCCUCUAGCGCUAACUGUGGUAUGAAUUUAAUAUCUCGUAAUUACGGCGUUUUUUAAGCUUCAGUCACGUUUGACAGAUUUACGCAUAAACCGUGUGUUGAUAGAAAUGUGUUCGAGGUGUGGGAUUUUUAAAGUCAGAGCUUCAUGGCUUUAGAUCAUCUUCACGUUUGCAUUUCAUCCGCCAGUCGUGAUUCUGGAGAAUGUUUGAUUGGAGAAGUUGCACUUUCUAAACGAUGACUGACAGAGAAGAAAUGGUGAGAACUCAUAUGUAAAUGUUCUGCAAGAUACACUCGCGCUGCGAACGCACAAUGGUGCUGACAAGGAGCAUAAGGCUUGACACACCAAGCCCGAAUUUAUUCCAACCUCAAGCAAGGAACUGAGGGGCUGCUGCCUGGAAAAAAUUUCAUUCAUCCCUUCCCCCAAAACCUUAUUUGUUAAAUUUGAUUCUUUACAUAAGCUGCCUUUCUGCAUUCUUUAACCCUGACCCUCUCUGGAGAUCAACAAGCAUUUUUCUUUCCCACUGCUAAGUCUGUUUUGUUUAAGCAUUCCAGGUGUAACCACAAAAACACAUUUUCUUUGUCUUCCCUACUCCCCUAACUCUAUUAAUCAUGAGAAAACAGACUUGCAACAUUCUCUUGGUCUGGGUGGUCAUCAGCUCCAUCACAGUGUUCUAUUUUGGUCUCAGCACAAUAGAAUGCCCGAGUUCCCGUUCUCGUGUGGCACAGCGUGGGUGGGCAGUUAACUUGCAUGCUGGUAGGAACCUCAGUGAUCCGUUACAACUCCCCGAGGUGUACAAUGAGGAAACCCCUCUUAUUUUCAUUGGUGGAGUUCCUCGUAGUGGCACCACUCUAAUGCGGGCUAUGUUGGAUGCCCACCCUCUUGUGCGGUGUGGAGAGGAGACCCGUGUCAUUCCCCGACUUUUAGCCAUGCAAGCCACCUGGAGUCACUCAGCACGCGAGAGGAUCCGUCUCGAUGAGGCUGGCGUCACAGAUGAGGUUUUAGAUUCUGCUAUACGUGCCUUCCUGUUGGAGAUCAUAGUGGGGCAUGGUGAGCCUGCCCCGAGGCUCUGUAACAAAGACCCAUUUGCUCUGAAGUCCCUCUCCUACCUCUCCAAGCUCUUCCCAAGGGCUAAGUUCAUCCUUAUGCUCCGUGAUGGUAGGGCCACCGUACACUCGAUGGUCUCGCGCAAGGUGACUAUCACUGGAUUUGACUUGACAAGUUAUCGGGACUGUAUUGUGAAGUGGAACCGAGCAGUGGAGGUGAUGUAUGACCAGUGUCUAGCUGCGGUGAAUGGGAACUGUCUGCCUGUGCACUAUGAGCAGCUGGUGCUUUACCCCGAGCGGGUGAUGCGCAGACUCCUUCAGUUCCUGGAUCUGUCGUGGGACACUGCCGUGCUACACCAUGAACAGCUUAUAGGGAAAGCUGGUGGAGUUUCACUUUCAAAGGUGGAACUGUCAACUGACCAAGUAGUGAAGCCAGUGAAUACAGAUGCUCUGUCUAAAUGGGUGGGCAAGAUCCCUGCCGAUGUAGUGAAGGAUAUGGCGAACAUUGCCCCAAUGCUAAGCCGCUUGGGUUAUGACCCUCUGGCCAAUCCCCCAAACUACAACAAGCCUGAUCUUUUCUUGAACAACACGAAAUUGGUGAGGGUAGACCAAAAUUGAAGGCAACAGAAGAAAUGAAGUUCCUCUCUGUGGAUAACUGUACCUUGAAGCAAUAAAAAAUUUGAAUUUAAUGAACAUGCAAAACAUUUACUUGAAAUAUCAAAUCAAUCUAGAACUGAGAAAACAAAACCGCCACUUUAACAAUAGAAAUGUGUUUAGUACCAAUGGUAUGUGUUGAGGAAAAAUAGAAAAUACAGUUUUUAUAGGAUCAUUGUUGCUGGUGUUUGUCAAUGUACCACGGCUUAUGAUGAGCUAGUGCCAACACUUUCAAGCAACACCGGAUAUAAAAUGUUAAUCUUUGAAAAUGAACAUUUUAUUGUUCUAUUGUAAUUUUUCAGUUUAAUCUUUUGUUAUUGGAAAAAAAAUGCUAUGAUACUGAGAAGUAUCACUUAUGACUAUAGUUGUUUUCUAUUUUUGUACAUCUAGUGUAUGCGUGUCAUGGUAAACAUAUCCUUAUGAGUGUAUUUAGUUAUCACACACAGGAAGUUAUCUUUGUUGAAAGAGGAAGUUUACAGUUGCACAGAAUCUUUUUGACUGCAGGAGUAUACUUUAUAUAUACACAAAUGUUAAGAAGUCUGAUUUCUCUGUAGGUUUGUAAACUUAUGAAGUGCAUACUUCAUAAAUUUGGUCUAAAUAUGACAGGCUUUAGAUAAACUCUUCUCCAGUCCUCACCCCUCUUUCAUAAGUAAAGCCAUCCAUUGGUUACCAGUUACACUGGACUAGACAUAUUUACAUUUCAUUACAUUGUUGCCCAUUAUUAGGGCCCAAGCACUGAAAGUGCGGAGACCCUACUGUUCUUCUAAGGAUUAUUAUCAUUAUUAGGGCCCAAGCACUGAAAGUGUGGAGGCCCUGUUGUUCUUCUAAGUAUUAUUAUUAUUAUUAUUAUUAUUAUUAUUAUUAGGGCCCAAGCACUGAAAGUGCAGAGGACCUAUUGUUCUUCUAAGGAUUCUUCUUCUUUUCAAGAUUUUCGGUACUUUUGAGGUACUUAACAUGCAUGAAAACUCUUUAAAGUUUGCACAAACAUCAGAAUCAUCGGCCAUUAGGGCUGGGCAAAGUUGCAAGGG